AAAUUUGACGUUCACAGACAGUGAUGCAAUUGGUUUCAAAAAAAAAUGGAAGGGGUAGACAAUUAUUAUAAAGCGAUAUGUUGCAUCAGACUUGUUCUUUAGUGGCAGAACUUCAAUACACAUUUCUUCACACCUACCUCCUGAAAAGCGUAAUCAUGGUGUCCAUCAUAAUUUUUCUUCUGGUGGUAGUUGCAAAUAUUCAUCAAGGAACUUCAACUCCUGCAACUGUCGAUGUGAACAAGUCUCCGCUUGAUAAUGCUGUAGAUGGGCUCUAUAAAUGUCUUGAAGGAUCAACAAAUCAUGGAAAAAUACCCAAAGAACGAGUGGACUACUGGAAUAAACGUCAUCCUCUCAAUUUUAUUGUUGAUACUCUGAUGAAAGAACUGCCGAGGAUUUUUGAAGAGGAAGUGUUCAAAUCUCUCAUAAGGAAUCAAGCUACGGUUAUGAUAGCCGCUCUGGAACUAUGCCGGCCCAAUGUUCACGGUACGACGAUGAAAGUCUCCGGACUGUACUGAAAUUUCAAAAAACAUUGGCCGAUCAACUCAUCGACGAAGCUGGGAAGGCACAGAAGUUGAUUGAACAAUCCAUUCCUUAUCAGGCACUGUACGAGGCUAUAAAAAAGAAUCCAGCUGUUGCUGCUACUCCUUCAACAUAGAUGAAUAAUAUAGCUUACAAUUUUGAAUCAACCGGAGAAUCUACAAUGGAAAUCGAUAAUUACUUCCAAAUGAGAAAAAUAAUAGCUUGAAUAGUAUAGUAUAUUUUAAUCUUAGUUAUGUUUACUCUCGUCAUUUUAUUUUUAAUAUUGUGUGCUUGGUAUCUCAUUUUAAUCAUAUUUUAUUAUCAUAUAUUAACUUUUCACAAAAUGCAAUUCAUGAAAAAUGCAAAUUCUCGAUUUUUGACAAAUGAUAUUGCAUUAUCUUGUAUCGCUUGAAUUAUUGGCUAUGUUUACUUUCGUUAUUUUAUUUUAAUCUCGUGUGCUUAGUAUCUUCAUAGAGAAACGAUAGCAUAAGUAGAUAUCCCAUGGUAUAGGGCGUUUAUGUCGCAACUUUUACUGUUAUCUCAAGCCGAUAGAUCACGUAGUUCUCUCCUAUGCAGCUGUGUGACGCUGGUAGUCUCUCAAAUUGUGCCAUUCAUACACUAUCACCCCAACAAGACAGUAAAAAUUGACAUUAAUCGACAGUAAUGCUUGAGAUCUGCUUGAACAGUAAAACUUGCGACAUAAAUUCCCUAUACCAUGGGAUAUUGAAUGAAAAAAGACUAAGAAAUUGUCAAAAAACC